AGAAAAUUCAGUUCCUAAUAAAUGUGGUUAUUGUUCCGACUGUGACAUAUUCAAAAUGAAAAAGUUGUUUGAAAGUGAAUUGUGAGAAGUGUAUUGUUGUUUUCCAAAUAAGGUUGGCCUGAUCUAUGAUAAUUAUAACUAAUUAUUAUAAAGAAGUAAACGUAUUUUUUAUCAAAACCAUUCAUAUUUUAAAGUAAUAGAUACACAACGGUCGUGACAAUGUCGAUACCGACGAUAUUAAACCUAGAAGAACUACUGAUCAACCAUAUCGAUCAGAAUAAAAAAAUUGUAGGUACGAAAAUCACCAGACUCACAGCUCCCGGGGAUAACUUUGGUAGUGAAAUACUAAAAAUUGAUUUAGUUUUGAAUGACAAGACUGGGAAUUCAGAAAACUUGAGUGUAAUAGCAAAACUUAUACCCGAAUUCGAAUUCUAUCAGGAGAUAUUCAACAUCCAGUGGACUUUCAAAAACGAGAGGAACUUUUACGAAAAAAUUAUACCAUGUUUACAACAAUUUCAAAAAGAACAAGGAGUUCAAGAUGUGAUCGAUUUGUUUCCGAAAUAUUAUGGCUCAAGGUGUAAUUUAGAGGAUAAAGAUACCAAAGUAGACGGAAAUGCUGUUCUCAUUCUGGAGAAUUUGAAAAUCAAAGGUUAUUACACGGAAAAUCGAAAAACCGGUUUCGACCUGCCUACCAGCAAACUUCUACUGAGGGACGUCGCAAAAUUCCACGCUGUUCCAUUAGCUCUUAAGCUGAAGCGCCCCCAAAGCUUCGAUAGUUAUGUAAAACCCCACAUGGCUGCUUUCCAGCCAGAACGUCCACCGAUGUCCUCUCCGGACAUGAAUUCCUUUCUAUUGGAAGUUAUAAGAGAUUCAGAAGACUACUGCCGGUUUGCACCCCAAGUGGAAAAAUCCCUUUCGCUUUGGGGCAAGCGACCAACAACCUUCAGAGAACCCUAUUCCACGUUGAUCCACAACGAUUUGUGGGUGAACAACAUUAUGCUCAGAAAAGAAAACAACGAAACAGUUGCCUGCAAGUUUGUCGAUUUUCAGUUAUACACCUACGACUCUGUUGUGAUUGAUUUGUUCUUCUUUCUCUUCACCAGCGUGCGAAGGGACGUACUCGAAGAAAAUUUGGACUUCUUAAUCGAAUACUAUCACCAGGUAUUUGUCGAAACUCUCAGUAGCUGUCACUGCGAUACUUCCCCAUUUUCGCAAAAGCUGUUUCUGGAAGAAAUGUCCGCGUGCGCUGAUAGGAUUUUAGGUCUAACGCUUUUCAUGUCUACUUUCAUCGUAAUGGGUCUGGAAGGUGGUUUGGAUCGUCCUGAUCCAACGAAACCACCAAACAUGGAAGGAGCUAAAAUAUCAGACGAAAACAAAGACAAAAUUUUUUUCAUCUUGUAUGAAUGCAACCGAAGGGGAUGGCUGAAUUUUUGAUUCACUCCAUGAAGUUGAAUAGGUAUUUUCAAGUUAUAGAAAAAAAUUGUAAGGUGACUAAAGUUUCAUGUAACCAACAUGCGAAAAUUAAAAAACAAUUGGCUAAAAUAUAUGUACAGAGAUGAAGCAUCAGCACAUAAACAGUGCUAUCACUUGAAUUUUUUGAACGAGACUUCCAAAGAAAAAUGUGUCUACCUUUUUAUGUAAUAUGAUGAAAGCUUCCGUAACUUCAAUGUUGAAAAAAAUUUCAAAAAAUAAGUCAUUUUUUCACUUCAAAGGCUUUUCAUUCAUUUCAAUGUUAAUAGUAUACUAUUAUCAUUACGAAAAUCUUUUUUAAGGUAUAUACAAAAUAUAUUUCUAUUCUCAAUUAAAACAUUUCAUAUUACAUUCUAAUGUUGCCAGAUAGUUGCUUGUUACGUGCUUCACUCUGAUAAAAGUAGUAUCAAAGUUAUCAUUGGCAGUGAACGUGAAACUUUAAUUUCAAUGCUUUUAAUUUCAAUAGUCAAUGCUUUCUAUAUCAAUGAAAUCUAUUCAAGUAUUUUGAUG